CUGACUGCCUCUGCCCCAUCCAACUGCCCUCUGUCCCCUGACUUCCCCCCGGGACCUCCUGCCCCUUAUCCAACCUCCCCCUCCAUCUGCCCCCUUACCACGCUGCUCAGAGCAGCAGAACAGGCUUCUUGGAAAGGCUGGGAGGUGGGCAGGCGCAAGUCGCGCUGCCCGCGCAGUGGCGCAGAUCAGUGGGGGAGGGACUGGGGGCUGGCUCCCCGGCCAGGAGCUCAAGGGCCGGGCAGGACAGUCCCCCGGGCCGGAUGUGGCCCGCGGGCCAUAGUUUGCCCACCUCUGCCUUAUAUGUUUCACAAAGAAACUGGCUCUGACAGUGUGGGGAUGCAUUUAAAAUGUCACCCACUAUGCUAUCAAUUAUCUCCGCCGUAGUGACAGUUUAUCGUUUUAUUUUAAAAAGAUUGUUGGGGAAUGUUCUUUACAAUAGUGAGGUUUGAACAUGCUAAAUCAAUGGUUGUUAAGGAUUAUAAAAUAUUAGCAAUCAGGCUUCUAAGCAGGAUUCUGACACCUAGGCAUAUUAUUCCUGAUUUGGUGUUUUUGUGGUGGGUUUUGGUGCCUUCCUAUAUUGGUUUUUGAGAUUCUGUUCCUGACUUGUAAAGUACUCCAUGAGCAAGGACUGUUUAUAUUAAUACAUAGCAUUAGAAAGUGUACUUGGCAUUUUAUAAACAGGCCUGCGUGUGCCUUGCACUGAAGAUCUUACCAUCUAAAUCAGACAAGAAAAUAAUGAAAGACAAUAGUUCAGGAGAGAGAGAGAGGGAGUGUGUUGGUGAUGAAAAGGAAGAAUAGAUUUCUGGAAGAACUGGGCUUUAAAGAGGGUCUAGUUAGAGAAGUAGUGUUUCAAACAUAAGAGCAGCAUGAGGGAAGAAAAGGGAGAGUCUUAGACGGAACUUAAAGAGCAAAUGAUAAGAGUGAUAGGAGAGAGUGAUGAUUUUAUCCAAAGUGCCACUGUUAGACUGGAGAAGAGGAAAGGUUGUAAAGGGGAACGUCACAGUAAUAAAGAUGAGAAGUGAAAGAGAACCUUGGUAAUGAGGAAAGGGCAGAUUUUGAAUAUUAAUAAGAGAAGAAGCAUUAAUUGCAAGAGUGGAUAUGAAGGUUGGCUAGUAGAAAAGAAGAACUGAAGAUGACGCCUAGAUGUAUUACUGCUGAAUAUAAACCAAUUGGUAAAAUAGGCGAGGGAACAUUUUCUGAUGUUCUGAAGACACAGAGUCUUAGGGAUGGAAAAUACUAUGCAUGGAAACAAAUGAAACAGCAUUUUGAAAGUAUCGAGCAAGUGAAUAGUCUGCGAGAAAUACAAGCACUGAGGCGACUGAAUCCACAUCCUAAUAUCCUUAUGUUACACGAGGUGGUUUUAAAAAAACACCCUAUUUGUUUCUUCAGUGACAGAAAAUCUGGCUCUCUUGCACUAAUAUGUGAACUUAUGGACAUGAAUAUUUAUGAGCUAAUAAGAGGGAGGAGAAAGCCAUUACCUGAAAAAAAAAUAAUGAACUACAUGUACCAGUUGUGCAAGUCCCUUGAUCACAUGCACAGAAAUGGAAUAUUUCAUAGAGAUGUGAAACCAGAAAAUAUAUUAAUAAAGCAGGAUACCCUGAAGUUAGGAGACUUUGGAUCUUGUAGGAGUGUAUAUUCCAAGCAGCCAUAUACAGAAUAUAUCUCUACACGCUGGUACCGAGCACCUGAGUGCUUGCUCACAGAUGGCUACUAUAGCUACAAAAUGGACAUGUGGAGCUCUGGCUGCGUUUUCUAUGAAAUCACAAGUUUCCACCCUCUCUUUCCUGGAUCUAAUGAAUUAGACCAAAUAUCAAAAAUCCAUGAUAUUCUAGGCACCCCUGCUAAGAAAACUCUUAAUAAGUUCAAACAGUCAAGAGCUAUGAGUUUUGAUUUCCCCUUUAAAAAAGGGACAGGACUAUCUCCACUUGUGCCUAAUAUCUCCCCCAAGAGCCUCUCCCUUAUGUAUGCGAUGAUAGAAUACGAUCCUGAUCAGAGAACUGGUGCCCACCAAGCACUACAGCAUCCUUAUUUCCGAGAGCUGAGAAUAGAAGAGAAGCAAGCUGUAACCAUGCACAGAAAAAUGAGAUUAGCAGAAAACAUAGUGGGACAAGAAUCUAUCAACUUGUGGUGUAUUUCAAAGGAUGGUAAUAGGCAGCACUCUCUUAGGAAAACCCAAGAGAAUCCAAUAAGACAUCAUGAACCUUCCUAUGCGAUAGAAUUGCCAAAACUGAAUGUUUCUGGAGUAACCAAGUUGACUUCUUAUCCUAAUCAUACAUUUCAUUCAGUUUUUACCACACCUGCAACAAAUGGUGAAGUCCCUGUGUUACAACCUAUUAAAUAUAUUGGGACAAAUCAAAAGUCUGAAAAACAGAAGGAACUUAAGUCUUCUGUGAAACAAUACCACUUACCCACAAUAGAAAGAAGAGGUGGAGGAUAUUGACCAUCUUGUCAAAUAUUUGGAAUGUAAGGAAAAGCAUGAGUAUGCAGCGAAACAGAUUCACCCAUGCUUUCUAUAUUAUUGUCAAAGGUACACCAAAAGCAAUAGUGCCUUAUCUUUUGUUUCCCUGAAAUGCUGCAGGAAAACACUACAAGACUAUUAGCACUUUAUUUCCGAACAGUAUCAAUAUUUAUCUAAGCACCAUUUUGGCAGCUCAAAAUGCACUUUAUACUUGAACCCUUUUAAACAAAUUAGCUUUUUAACAUUUUUUUUUAAACAAAAAUGGAUAAUUUAGGAUGUUUUAGUUUGAGUGCUAGGAAUGCCAUUUUGUAAUUAAGUUUUAUAUUAUAUACAAAAUAGUUUAUGAUGAUAUUUAAAACUUGUUAAACUUGAUCUGUUCAUUUUGUACCUUUUUUAACAGAUGAAAAUGUUAGUUGCGUAGACAAUGUUGGAAAAUUACCUCCUGUAUUAGGUUGAUAAUUUCAAAGCUCAAGUCUGUUAAUAUUUUAUGGAUUAUGAUAUAAUUUGAGAAACACCUGAUUUUAGUAAAAUUAAACAGUUUUAAUUUCUUUUGACAUUUGUAUAUGCAAAGGAUAGCUGUACAGUUACAUAUCUGAUUCAUAAGCAAAUCUAUCUUUAUCAUUUGUGUCCUUUCUUUCUUAAACCAUGCUUUUGUAUUAAUCAAAUCGCUUUUGCGAUUAGUUGGUUGAAAUAGCGGUAAAGAAACAGCAUAUGGAUUUAGACCAUUUUUUCACAUUUCACAAAUUAUAGGCACUCAUUUAAUAAGGUUCUCAGCUUUUGUGCUGUAGAAGCCAACAAAAUUCAGAAAUAACAUUUUGGUCAUUGUAGCAGAGAGAUAAGGUAAUGACUAAGAGGUCAUUUAAGGUAAUGACUAAGAGUUCAGUGUGUUUGAUUUUUAAAACUUUCAUAAUAUCCUAGUAAGAAGGCAAAUUGUCAGUUUAGCAUUAGCUCUGUUACAAAGUAGCUUUACAAUUUUAGAACCAAAUGGAGUUCAACUAUGGAAGAUAUUAUAGCUGUGUUGGGACUGGAUUUUUCAAGUUCUGGCUAUUCCUAAGUGGGAAGCUUUUCCUGAUAUAUAUAUAUAUGUAUGGAGGUACUUAAGAUAAUUUCUGUACAAUGAGCUGUGCAUUUAAAAAAGAUUCUAUCCUUUAUGGUUGUAAAAGUUACUCUGUUCACAUCUGGAAAGUUAAUGGACAUCUCUUCCUGUUUGAAAAACAGCUCCAGUGCCUCUGCUGCUCUUCAGAGCUUCUCUAGGCUGCAGCAGAGUGAAAUCAUUAAGAGCCCACUCAGUUUUACAGCUGCUAGUCAGAACUUAGUGGACAGCAGUUAAACUGAAGUCACUGCAUGUUGGUGGUGCUGAGGCAUUCAUUGGAGUUGAUGGGAGAACACCCCAGACUCAGUCUACACUAGAAAGUUUUGCCAGCAUAGUUAUGUCAGGUAGGAGAGUGGGUGGUGGGGAGAAUCCCACCCCCUAAUCAAUAUAGUUAAGCCACCCCCUUUCCUCUCCCUCCCCUUCCCCCGUAGACACAUCUUAUACUGACAAAAGCUAUACUGGCAAAAGGACUCCUCAUGUUGUUUGGGGCAGGCGGUUUAACUAUACUGCCAAAAGAAUCCCUUUUGCUGAGUAGGCACUGCAUCUCCAGUAGGGGGCUUUGCAAGUAUAGCUACACCAUACGCUAUAGCCUUUGUGGUGUAGAGUAGUCCCUGGAGAGAUGUAGACUAGUGAAGACCUCUUUUCUCCAUGUUGUAUCAGACAUCAACUAGCCAAAGUUCAAUACAAACAAUGGAGCCAUUAGUCAAGAUCCAGGAACAGCACCCCAGUAGAAAUCCCAACAGCUCAUGUGUCAGGGGCAGCAGGCUUCUCAUCUAGGUGUUGCCUGUAGGCCUCACAGUGACGAUGCAGUUUUAAUGCCCUGAUAAUGCCCAGGAAAUGCAUGGACCUUACAGGCUUCAUUUGUUAAUGUAUACAUUGUUUUAUGUGUACAUAUAUGUAGGUAACUAAUUCCUAGGUAAGUUGUGUUUGGUGGUAAGGAGUGUGCUAGUCACCCUAAAUCUUUGUUACCUUAUUGCUUAUAGGAAGUAGAAUGGCAUUGUUAGUGCUAGAUGGCUGGUCACUUUUUUAUUAGAAAAAAACAUAAGCCAAACUAAACCCAGCUUUUUCAUAAAAGGACAUUAAAUGUGAAGAUAAAUUAAAUCCAGUCAGACUCAGGGCUUGUCUGCAGCUAUGUCGGUAGCACUUUAAUGAAGAUGCUACUAUGCUGACAGGAGAGCUUCUCCUAUCAGCAUAGUUAAUCCACCUCUGCAAGAGGCGGUAGCUAUGUCAACAGGAGAAGCUCUCCCAUCAACAUAGCACUGUCUACGCCAGCAGUUAGCUCAGUAGAACUAUGUCACUCGAGUGUGGAUUUUUCACAUCCCUGAGCAACAUAGUUAUACUGAUGUAAGUUUGUAGGGUAGACCUGGCCUAAGAAAGUCAGUCUACAUACAGCUAAAAUAGUGCUGGAGUUUACUGUAACCUCCAGAAUUUUUUUCACAAGUUGUUUGGUAUUUGAAAGUUAGGCUGUUAUAAAAUCAACAAGUCUUGCUUUGUAAAUAAGAUGCUGAGACUAAUUUUAUUUUUCAUUAAAAUCUCAGCAUGUCAUUCUCUACUAACCAUGUA